AUGGGGGACGCCGGGUCCCCAUCGCCAGGAGAACAACUGGAGCUCUCCGUCUUCGCUUUGCAGCCCGAUGAGCAGACGCCUCUGAAUGGCGCCGUCCUGACCCUCCGCUCUUCGCCCGAGCCCGGCGGGGCGCAGGCUAUCAAGGACAGCCCCUGGAGCGUCUGCCAUAAGCAUUUGGUGGGGAAGUGUAGACUGUGGAUGGUCAUUGUCUCCAUUGUCAUUGGUUUUAUUGUAGUCGUCAUCCUAAGCUUGUGUCUAAUUACAGCAACUUACAUCGAUGAAGAUGAAAAUGAAGUACUUGAAUUAUCAUCGAACAAAACGUUCUUGGUCAGGCUCAAGAUUCCUGAGGAGUGCGUUACAGAAGAACUGUGUGAUCAACUCACUAAAAGGCUCACAGAUGUGUACAGCUCGUCGCCAGCGCUGAGUCGUUAUUUUAUGUCAGUUGAAAUCAUGGAUUUCAGGGGAGACAAUGCCACCGUCACUUACCACCUGCAAUUUGGGGUUCCGUCGGAAGACGACGGUUUCAUGAAGUACAUGAUGAGCGAAGAGCUGGUGCUGGGUAUUUUGCAACAAGAUUUCCAUGAUCGGAACUUACCUGGUUGUGAGACUCUGGGGCUUGAUCCAGCAUCCUUCUCGUUCUCUGAAUGAAGCGUGUCGAAGCUGAGCUCCCCAGCACUGGCGAUGAGGUCGAUGCUGGCCAUUGUACAGAGAGGACUGCGAAUGAUGGCAGAAGGACUUGCAAUGGCUGGAAGACUAAGGAUGGACCUUCCUCCCCUGAUUUUGUACAAGGGGUGUUCUACCUCCACGUCUGACAAAAUGGCACCUGAAUGGUGCCCCAUUUGGGUGCAAAACCAGAGGGGGACAGGGUCUAUGGUGAUUGGGCCGUGGGUCCCUGCUAUCAUUGAAAC